CCGCCCGCUCGGCUUGGCUCGGCCCGGAGGCGUGCAUGCCCCUGCUGCCCGCGGCGCUCACCAGCAGCAUGCUCUAUUUCCAGAUGGUGAUCAUGGCAGGGACGGUGAUGCUGGCUUACUACUUCGAAUACACCGACACGUUCACCGUGAACGUGCAGGGCUUCUUCUGCCACGACAGUGCCUACCGCAAGCCCUACCCGGGCCCGGAGGAUAGCAGCGCCGUGCCCCCCGUGCUCCUCUACUCUCUGGCCGCCGGGGUCCCCGUGCUCGUGAUAAUAGUUGGAGAAACUGCUGUGUUUUGCCUACAACUAGCCACAAGGGAUUUUGAAAACCAGGAGAAAACAAUUUUAACUGGAGACUGUUGCUAUAUAAACCCACUGGUGCGCCGAACUGUCCGAUUUCUUGGAAUUUAUACCUUUGGAUUAUUUGCUACAGAUAUCUUUGUAAAUGCUGGACAAGUUGUUACAGGAAAUCUGGCUCCACAUUUUCUUGCCCUGUGUAAGCCUAACUACACAGCACUUGGAUGCCAGCAGUACACACAGUUCAUCAGUGGGGAAGAAGCUUGCACUGGCAACCCGGAUCUCAUCAUGAGAGCAAGGAAAACAUUCCCAUCCAAAGAAGCAGCUCUCAGCGUCUAUGCAGCCAUGUAUCUGACAAUGUACAUUACCAACACAAUCAAAGCCAAAGGAACCAGACUUGCCAAGCCAGUUCUAUGCUUGGGAUUAAUGUGUUUGGCUUUUCUUACUGGACUCAACAGAGUAGCAGAAUAUCGAAAUCAUUGGUCAGAUGUGAUAGCAGGCUUUCUGGUUGGAAUAUCUAUAGCAGUAUUUCUGGUCGUGUGUGUGGUAAACAAUUUCAAAGGAAGACAACCAGAAAAUGAGCAUAUACACAUGGAUAAUCUGGCCCAGAUGCCAAUGAUCAGCAUUCCUCGAGUAGAAAGUCCUUUGGAAAAGGUACCAUCUGUACAGAACCACAUCACCGCCUUCGCAGAAGUCACAUGAUAUUGAAGCAGAUGGUUUUUCCCUGCAUUGGACAUCAUCCCUUUUUACCAUCCAUUCGUAACACCCAAAGUUUGUUUGAUUACAAUAGAAGUUUAUAAAGUUGUCUAAUAAUUUUUAUAAUUUUAAAAUCAACGUCAACCUAUCUGUUUCCCCCACUAGACUGUGAGCUCCUCGAGGGCAGGACUGUGUCUUUCUUUUCUGUAUCUCCAACAUCUGCAACAAAGCCUAGCAGCACACAUUAGGUGCUCAAUAAAAAAUGAAAUGAUCAGAUGAAAAAUUAAUUCUUAAAUAAAAUAUUCACUUUAGUUUCUCAAAGAAUCUCUGCAACUAUGUGAAGAAGAAACUUCUACAUGAGUCAUAUUUGUAUAAGAAAACCCUCUAUUUUGAGCUUGUUAAGCCUUUUAAUUUUCAUAUAUCUAUUCAGCAGUAUACCAUAUUUAAUUUGAUUUUUGGCUAGUUAAGCUUUUUAAUUUUUUAUAUAUCUCUUCAGCAGUAUACCAUAUUUAAUUUGAAGUGGACUUUGAAAGUCAUGGGGGUUUUUAUUUUAUUAUUCAGCAUGACAUUCUUUCCAUUCUAACAGAAUUCAGUGUGUGAAAUUACUUUUAGAAAGUAUGUCUUAUACUAAAAUAAUGUUUGCACAUUAUAUUAUAAUAUAUUUCACUUAAAAUACCAUUCAUGCAUACAUUCUAAGACUGGUGCUUCUGCUUUUGAAGGGGAAAAUGCCAAUUUUUACUGUAAUAAGUAAUGUAUCAUAAUUAAAAAUUAUUUAUUUGGA